AUGAGAAUACAAUUACAAAAAAUAUCUUAAGGUUUAACUUAAUAAGAUUAUAAAUAAAUCAAGGACAAUUUGUAAAUAAUUAAGGAAUGCCAUCAAUUUUAAAACAAUUAAGAGGAGAUCAUGAAGUAGAAUUAAAUUGGUAUUUUGACAUUUUUAAUAUAUAUAGGAAAUUAAUUAAUUAGUAUAAAAAGAAUGAUUCAAGCUCUUGAUUUGGAUAAAGGAUAAGAAUAAAUUAAAAAUAUUAAACAAUAUGAUCAAAUCACACUUGAGUAAGGUAUUCGAUUUCUUUAAAAUAUUAGGAAUAGAAUUAUUAAAUUAAAAGAAAUGGUAGGAAGCUAAUGAAAAAAUAAAUUAAUACUUAAAAUUAUUAGAAAAACAAUAAUCAUUUGCAACUUUGUUUUAAAGUACUUCUAAAAAAUUUAUUUAAUUAAGGUAUGACAUUAAUUGAAAUGAAUCAAUCAGGAAAAGGGAUAAAAAUGAGAGAAUAAGCCAAGAAGAUUAAUAAUAACCUAUAUAAAGAUUUAUUGGAUUAUUCAAAUAUAGAACUUACAAAUAAUCCAUAAAAUACAUUUGUUUUAAUUGCAAAAAGUAAAUAAAAUCAAUAUUUUAAAUAGGCUAUGCAUUAAAUGAAGAGAUGAAAUAUCAAUCAGCAAUCGAGUAAUGUGAAAAAAUUUUGAUAGAAGAACCAUAACAUCUCCAUGCUUUAUAUAGAAAAAGUAAUCAUUUUUGUUAUAGAAAAGGUUUCUCUUUAUAAGAUUUGAAUUAACAUGCAUAAGCAGUUUAGUGUAUUGAAAAAGCUUUAAGUUACAAUUUAAAAUAUUCUAUUGGUUAUAUCUUAUAGGGUAGUUUAUUAGGUUAUUAUUUUAAGGAUAUUCAUUAAAAAGUGUUGGUAAAUAAAAAGAGGCAAUUAAUUGCUAUGAUAAAGCAAUCCAACUAGAUCCUAAUGAUACAUAAGCCUAUUUUAAUAAAGGUUAAUCAAUAUUAAAAUACUAAUAGGCAAUUCCUUAGAUGAUCUUGGUAAAUAUACUGAUGCAAUUUUAUGCUAUGAUAAAGCAAUCCAACUAGAUCCUAAUGAUGCAUCAGCCUAUAUUAAUAAAGGUUAAUCAAUUUAUUUGAUAUUAUUAGGUUAUUUACUAAAGUAAUUGAAUAAAUAUUAAUAAGCCAUAGAUAAUUAUUAGCAAGCACUUUUUUAUUGCAAAUUAGAAUAAAAUAAGUUUAGACAAUUAAUUAAGGAAUUAAAAAAUAUGAAAUGA